GGGUUUCAAUGUAACUUAUGGUGUCACAACUACUGAUACUACUGGUGGUGCUACAAAAGGUGAUGGUGCUGGUGCAGUUGGUGUACAAAAGGUAACAUCUACAAAUGUAGGAAAAGGUGUCACUAAAACAGUAAGGGUCAGAGCUAUUGAGGUGAUGGGUGAUGAUGUGACAUCUACUAUAGGUGGUGGUGUCAACGAUAAAGAUGUGGAAGGACCUCCUACAAAAACAGGUGUCGGUGGCGCUACUAGUGAUGGAGGUGGUGGUCGCAUAGGUGAUGGAGAUAUAGUUUUGGUCAGUGGUGGAGAAUAUGUAGGAGGAAUAUGA